AUAACACGGUUACAAACGGUUACUCGCUAGAAAAUCCUUAAGAACGUGCAUACUGCAAAAAACCGAACGUACCUUUUUUGUUUGAAAAUGAAAGCUUUCAUUGUAAAAUUAUGUCAAAGUCAUUUUCCCAAAAAAAGUUGAACUAAAAUCAAAAAAUAAAUAAAUAACAAAAAGCCGAAAAUGAUGGAUGAUUAGCCAAUAAAAACAAUAAUUAUGAUGACAAAUUCUGCUUCCAAAGAAACCACUUAUCUUUUGGGGUAAGCUAAGCAAAUGAACUCCUACAAGAAGCGACCACAACUUCAAAUAUGGCGAAGCCCUGAUGCAUUUGGUUAAAGGCUACGUGGGCACCGGAGUGUUUUCCAUGGGAGAUGCUCUAAAAAAUUCAGGUCUUAUAUUUGGUCCAAUAACUAUUUUACUUAUCGGAAUGGUGUGUUUGCACUGCUGCCAUCUUUUGGUAAACUCCGCCUAUUUGCUCAACACCCACUUUAAGUUUGAAAGAGUGCCUGAUUAUGCCGACACAGCUAAAUUGAGUUUCGCAUUGGUUGCUCCCGAUUUUCCAGCUUUGGGAUUUGUAGCCAAGCUCAUAGUAAAUGCGUUUCUUAUUAUGGCUCAGAUGGGAUUUUGUGCUUGUUAUUUCGUUUUUAUAUCAUGGAACGUGCGAGAGCUUUUGAAAGUCUACAAAUGUCCUUUGGACAUCCACUGGAUAAUAGCAAUAGUCGUAAUCCCAAUCUGGCUAACGUGCCUGAUAAGAACAUUAAAACUUCUGGCCAAAAUAUCCAUGUUGGCCAAUAUUAUUUUACUAACAAGCAUCGUAAUCGUUUUGUACUACUCUUUCACCAAACCCACGAGCCACUAUCCAGCUGGCCUGAUGAUACCCUCAAUUUCGAAAUUUGCUAUAUUUUUCGGACAGAGUGUUUAUGCUUUCGAAGGUAUAGGAUUGGUCCUAAUUUUAUACAACGAAAUGAGUUCUCCUGAGCUAUUCAAUGAAACCUAUGGUGUACUAAAUAUAGGAUUGCAUAUAGUGACCAUUUUGUAUUUGUGUUUUGGUGUGGUGACGUAUGUACAAUUUGGUGAUGCUAUCAAAGAAACUGUGACGUUGAAUUUGGAUACUAAGGAAAUACUAGGUCAAACGGUCCUUGUCCUAAUAUCCAUCGGAGUGAGUUUUAGUUUCUCUCUUCAACUGUACGUAGCCAUCGAUAUAAUUUGUCCGAAGAUUUUAUUGUGGUUAGGUCCUUUUGAAUAUCCUGUUUUAGUGGAACUAUGGCUACGGACGGCUUUAGUCAUCACAACAUUUGUUAUGGCCGAAGCAAUCCCAAGACUUCAAAUUAUGCUCUCCUUUGUAGGAUCUUUCCUAAGCUGUGCCCUUAUUGUUAUUUUUCCAGCAAUUAUAGAUAUCACUACGUCGUAUUCGUUCAAGAAACUAACGAAGUGUCUAUUAUUAAAGGAUUUUUUAAUAGUAAUUUUUGGGAUUAUAGGAAUGUUGGCUGGGACUUACGAAAGUUUGGCUUUAUUGGCUAACGAAAUUGGAAAAUAGAAUAUGUAAUAAAUCAUGUAGUAAAUUUUGAAAUAUACUUAAGAC